CAAACUCUCCCGAUCUUAUCCCGAAGAGGGGGAAAAGUAAAGCUAUGGAGAAAAGGCUCCGCUCCUCCCUCAAAUCCUCUGCCGAGGACUUCCUCUCAUACGCCGUCAAACUAUCCCUUAAAUCUUCAAAACCAGCUCUCAAAACUCUCGUCCACGCCAUUCCUCCUUCUUCCCCUCUCUCAUCCACUCUCCCGCCUUGUCUUCACCUCUCUAUCUCCAACUCAAUUCUCUCCUUCCAAAACGGACCAACCCACCCUGAAGCUGACUCCUCCCGUUCCCCGCCCGCCAAACGCUCCCGCCGCUCGACGCGAAGCUCCAACCCUGAAGACAACCAACCAAACAACAAUAGCGAAACCCUCCGCGUUCUCGUUUAUAUCACCGGCUUAUGCGUUUCGCAUCCCCGGAACACGUUUCAACACUCCGAGUUAAUCCCAUCCAUCCGUUCCUUGCACGAUAGCAUCAUCCUUUUCGAGUCGGAUCCGGGUUUAUCUUACGAAAUAGCGUGUUUAUGUGAGGAUUGGUGGAAACAGAACUUCCCAGAAAAGGAAACCCUCAUUUCGCAAACGUUGCCCUUUUUGCUCUCGAAGUCGUUAACUUUGAAGAAAAAAGUGGAUGUUCACAAAGUUUAUUCGCUCCGCGAGGCCUUCAAUUCCUUCGAUUUUGAAGACGAAAGCAUCGAAGAUCUGAAGCUGUUAUUAAUCCGAUGUGUCAUCGAGCCUUUGUAUUUGAAAUCGGAUGAAGGAAAGAGAUUCGUGGCGUUUACAUUUGGGUUAAGUUUGCAGUUUUUGAAGGAAUGUUUGGCGAUGAUUAAAGCACAGAUUCCGUUUGGUAGGAAAUCCAUGUUGGAAGCUUACGGGGAGAUCGUGUUUAAGGGAUGGAAAGGGGUUGAAGGAGAAUUGAAAAGGGAAAUUGAAGACGGGUUCUUGAUGGGUUUAGUUGAAGGAGCCAUACAUGCAAGAUCAAAAGGUUUGGGAAGUAGUAUUAGAAGGGUUUUAGGCGGCUUUAUUAAUCAGAGAACAGUUGAUGGAGUUGAGAAGUUGCUUUUUAGACUAGCUGAGCCUGUGAUUUUCCGUUCUUUACAGGUUGCAAAUUCAAAUGUUCGCCAAAAUGCAUUGCAUUUACUUCUAGACUUGUUCCCUUUUGAAGACCCUGAUGCCACUAAAGAGGCUAAAGAUACAUUGCUGGAUAGACAGUUUUUUUUGUUGGAGAGAUUGAUCAUGGAUGAUUGUCCUGACGUGAGAGUUAUUGCUGUAGAAGGUUGUUUUCGCAUUCUCUAUUUGUUUUGGGAAGUUAUUCCUCCACCUACCAUUACAAAGAUGAUCACAAAAAUUUUUGAUGAAAUGGCAUUUGACGCUUGCCAUGAAGUUAGGCUUUCCACAUUGAAUGGCAUUAUCUAUUUGCUUGGCAAUCCACAGUCUCAUGAAAUUCUGAAAGUGCUUCUGCCAAGACUGGGGCAUCUUAUGUUAGAUAAUGUUCUUUCAGUAAGAGUUGCUAUGGUAGAUCUCCUUCUUCUUUUAAAGGACAUUCGAACUUUCCAAUUUAAUAAGGUGAUUGGUUUAGAAGUCUUGUUGCAUAAACUUGCAAGUGACCAAUCUCCGGUUGCUCAGAAAAUUGUAAGACUGCUUAUGCCAUCAUACUUUCCUGCAAGACUAGACGUUGAGGAGGCAUGCGAUCGCUGUGUCACACUUAUGAAACGGUCUCCGCUAGCUGGAGCUAGGUUUUGUGAGUUUGCUUUAUCAGAAGGAGCAUCUCCUAAAUCUAUGAUGGAACUUGUCAAGGUUUUCAUCAGCUUACUGUUGUCAAAUGCUAAACUUGAAGAACCAGUGGUUGAGGGUUUACUGGUUGCAUCAGCCAACCUUUGCAGGAGCCUAGCAAACGAGCGAAAUCAGCAGGAUGCCCUUAAAGAGUUGUUUUCUAGUGAAAGAGUUAAGCGUUUAUUAGCUGUUGCAUCGACUGCUCAUGCUAGGUCUACUGUUUUUGACAUGUUAUCCACCACUGCUUCAGAUGAUGUAGCUGGGCUCCUUGGAGAUUGUAUGAGCCUAAUCACUGAUUGUAGUGAUUUAUCCGAAAAUUUGGAAAAACAGGCUGAAGUGAGGUCUGCCCACAAAUUAUUGAUAUCAUGUGAUGCCUUUGAUAAUAUGUUUGAGGCUCUAACAAGGCUCUUGCAAAAAACUGCCUAUCGUUGCCAUCUUAAAUUUGACACAGAAGCACCAAAACAGAAUGUUUCUCCUGCAAAAAGAAAGAAAUCAAAGUCUUCAUCAAAAACUUCUGUUAAAUGGAAACAUGUUGGAGGAAAAAAGUCAUCCAAUUUCAAGGAUGAUUAUUCAGUUGCUAUUGGAGUAUCGUGGCAGAUAAAAGAUAUGCUUUCUUCUGAGGAUGCUCGGAAAGCUAUGAUGGCUUCUCAAGCUUUGGAACUGCCAUUCCUAGCUUUAAAGGUUAUCUCUGAGGUCAGCAUUGUCCAAUGUGAGUAUUAUGAGUAUAUGGACCCAUAUCCAGUGUUGGCAUAUACAGCUCUUGCUCUGCGGAUGGCUGUUCAAAAUGCUACCACUGAAUCUGGUACAAAGAAGGAUGAUCGGAUCAACUCCUCAGGUUUAAUUUCAAAGGCAAUGCUAGACCAGGUAUUGGAUCACCUACUUGAUUGUACAGAUAAGCUGUUUGAGGCAGGUGACUCGGAAAAGAAUGGUAAAUCACUUCAAAAAUCUAAGCAGGACAACAGCAAGAGCGCCACACGUCUUGGGCAGAAACGGAGAGAACCUCAAAUAGAUGCCUCUAGCUCUAAUACCGAUGGAUCUGCCUACACCAAACAAAAACAGACAUCAAAGAAGGUGAAGAUGUUCACAACAGUUGUCAAGUUCGUCAUUGAUUCUAUUGCAAUGGGUUUUGCUUCUCGUAACCAUACCAGGUGCUUGAGGUUUACAUCAUCAUACGUUCAAUAUAUCAUCUCUUGCUUAAGGCAACUAUCUAAAGAUAAAUCCCCGUUGAAGGAAGAGAAAUCAAAGGAAUGCUUUAUGUGUGUGAAGAGCUCUUUCAGCUACGCAUUUAAGUUACUGAAUCUAGUCCAUAAUGCUGCCACUGAAGCUUCACCUGCACCAGUGGAGUCCUUUUAUCUAGCCAAUGAUUUGCUUGAUCUGAUCAUCUCAGGUGAAUUGUUUUUGGGUUCUACUUAUGCUGCACAACUUGUUGCAGCUGCAAAGCCUUGGCUCCCUGAUUUGAUUCUGGCACUAGGUUCUACAAGCAUGCAUGAGCAGAGCAUAGAGAGACCAUAUUUGACUGCAUUGGAUCACAUUAAGCUCCAUUUUCCAUCAUGGCCCCUAAUUUUGGCAAAGAUCGAGCUUGCUGAAAUGAGUGAACAUGAUGAUCUGGAAGAGGAUGAUAGAGUUUCUGAACCAGAAUUCACCGAGUUCAAGAAACUCAUGGGAAAUAUCAUUUCAUUGUUAAAGGGAAAUCGCAGCAUACUGGAUGCAGUUGGCGUUAUCUUCUUGGCAACCUCAGUUGUAGGGCUAGAAAGGAAGGACUUCGGUCUGCUACUUGGACUGCUAAACUUUAUUUGUCAGAAGUUGAUUGGACAAGAAGACCGCGAAUGGCGUGGGCUUGACAUGAUGCUGGUUUCUCUGCCGGACAUGUAUCCUCGUAUUGAGCGAGAGAUCGACGAACAAGAUGAAGAAGAUGAAAGCCAUGAUAGGUUAACUAACGCCAGAGCAUUGCUUGAACCUGUUUGGUUCUAUCAUGUUUAUGAAACUCAAAGGUUUUCAGAGGUCGAAUAAUAGAUGAAAUACAUAUUAAUGUCUCUUGGUAAUAAGGGCAGCUUUUGAAAAUUUUAGAAUUUUA